AUGCAAGCCAAUCUGGAGAGAGCUGGUUGUCAAGCUGAUGUACGGGUCCUGCAGCUGCGGCUGUACCGCCAAGGGGGUGUAAACGCUACACAGACCCUCAUCAGACAUCUGCAAGAGCUGGAGAGAAGCAGAAGCAGAGGGACGGGAGUGUCAGUAGAUGCCCUGACCUCUGCUCUGCAGCUGUGGGCUGGAGAGAAGCCAGGCCCACGGAGAGCCCGACGGUCACCCUCCGUCAAAGACUGUGAGCAGGAGCAGGAGAAGAGUGUGCACAACGUAGUCCAGAUGUUGCCGGGAGUGGGGACCUUCUACAACCUGGGCACAGCAGUGUAUUAUGCUCUUCGGAACUGCUCGGACAUGGCCAAGGAACGAGGGCGAGAUGGGGUCAUAGAUCUGGGAUAUGACCUUCUGUUGGCCAUGGCUGGAACGUCAGGGGGACCCACAGGGCUACAGAUCGGCAUUGCACUUAAACCUGUGCUGAAGGCUGGGGUUCAGCGGCUGAUCCAGUAUUACUACGAGAGGGAGGCAAACACCCCUCCACCAGAGACCAGCGAGGAGGUCUUGGGGAGCACCUCAGAUAUGAGUGAAGUGGAAGAAACAACUAUCAUGGCCCCUUUCGUGUCAGAAGUAGUAAGUUCAAAUCCAUGCUGGGGGUGGACCUUAUUCAACAACUGUGGCUUAGAUCCUAGGUAUUGGAAUAUUAGGAUAUAAAAGAAGGUGGCAGGAGCCAACCGUUAGGCCUGAACCCUUUCACUGACAGAGGGCCUAGGUUCAAUCCCCGGUCAGGGAACUAACAUCAUGCAAGCCGUGCAGCACAGCCAAAAUAAACAAUAAUAAAAUAAAAAGAUAGUGACCUCUGACUAAAGAGAAUUCAAUCCAGUCCACUUAAUCCAGCAGAACUCUACUCUGAUUCCUUCCCUUCUAUAAACUGCAAUCCAUAACCAGAUCAGGAUAAGUGUUCUGAGAUUACAAAAAGGCAAAGAAAGAGGGGAAUGAGAAGAGCUAACGUUUUUCUGCUCACCUUUUGGCGAUGUGGCCAAAAAUAAAUAAGUAAAUAAUAAAAGAAGGUGGUAAACACUGAUUACUAGACCUAGUAUCCUGUAACUUGUAAUGUGUGUGUUCAAAAUCCAAAUCUCUGAUUUCUUAUCAAGGAGAAAAGCAGUACUGUAACAUGUAAGAAUUUUAAAGUUUCUGGUUUGGAAUCAGAGGAUUUGGCUUUGAAUCCAGGCUCCACUUGUUAGAGCUUCAGUGACCAUUGACCAGUAACUUAUUUCUCCAAACUCAGCUUUUUAAAAUUUCUAAAGUGAGGGUAAUGAUUUGCAUCUCAAGAGGUUUCGUGGAAAUUAGAAACGAUACGCUGUACUAAUGCUUAGCACCGUACCAACAAUAAAGCAGCUUUUGUCAUUGUUA